AUGUUUCUUCAAGCGGUUGGUUUCCUUUUCUUGGUGGCUUUGGGACCCGUCCUGGCGGCUUCCCAAGGCAUUGAGUCCUACGAGAACUAUUACAACGAGAUCCAUGUGGACGACGACCAGGCGGAGGCCAAGACCCGCAAUGCCUUGCAAUCACCGCUCCAACGUUGGCCGGGCAACAAGAUAUACUACCGGAUCUCGGAGGACUAUAGCGAGCAGGAGGUGGCCAAUGUCCGUACGGCUAUGGCGAGUUUUGGUGAACAAACCUGUGUGCAAUUCGAGGAAUUCGAGGGCUCUCCGCCCGGGGGAAAGCGCUAUGUGACCUUCAAAAAGUCACCGAAUAUGUGCGGCACCCGUGUGGGCUAUCAGCCGUUAUCCUUCGGCUCCCACGAUGUCCUUUUGAACGAGAGAUGCCUCACCAUGCCGGCUGUAAUCCAGCACGAAACUCUUCACCUGAUGGGACUCUUCCACGAACAAAGUCGUCCCGAUCGCGAUGAGUACGUGGUCAUCGACUACGAUAACAUUCCGCGGAAGUACUGGUCACAAUUCAUGGCCCAGGAUCGCACCACCACGUUCAAUGUUCCCUAUGACUAUGAGAGUGUCAUGCACUAUUCGAAGAACGCCUUUGCCAAGGAUCCGUCGAAGCCAACAAUUCGGGCCUUAAUCAAUGGUGAGGCCGUGGAGAGGGAAAUGGGCCAGGUGCGGGGACCUUCAGAGGGCGAUUGGGCCAAGAUUCGCAUAAUGUACAAGUGCUAG